AUGGAGUCAUCACAACUCGAAAUUUCCUUUGAAUUGACUCAAGAAUCAUUCGCCACCGUAUCAAAGACCGUAAGUGUUUUCCUUGAUUGAACCUUCAAAAAUUACGUGAAACGUGAGAAUAAAAAAUCAAUCAAAACAGCGUCCUCUUUUUCUCUGCAUCUCUUCUAUAAUUACUCAUCUCUCGAUGAAUGUUCGAAAAAUCAAAAAUUGAAAUAUUCAUUGGGUGUCAAAUAAUAUGAAAUUUUUAUUGAAGAUAGCUGAAGAUAUCUUCCAGCUUUUCCUAAAAACCAAAUUUCAAAACGAUUAUUUUCAAGUGAGAAACUUAAUUUUAAAGUUGACAUCUGGAUGAUUAUCGAUUUUUUUGGUAUUUGGGAAGAGGGGGAGGUUGACCUAGGGUGUUGUUUAAGGCUGAUCAUAGCUAAUGGGAAAGGUUAAUUGUAUCUAACGCUAUUUUCUGAUGGAUCUUGGACAAACCAAACUUUUUCAGAUUUCUGGCUCAUUGAAACGACGUUUUGAAGUUGAAGUUGAAGUCGAAGAAAAUGUGAGUUUCUAACAUAUUUUUGAAACUAAUCUGUAGAAAUCUGAUAACAUUUAUAGGAAAACGAGCCGCCAAGCAAGAGUUUGAGAGAUUUUGAUCAUUAUUGGGCUGAAGAUACGGUGAAACGUGUUUGUGUGGUGAGUUAUCUGAAAUCAAAAAAAUUUCAAUUAUCGCAAUACGGUACAUAUUUUUUUCCAGGUGAAAGAAAAAGAAGAAAAAAAAGAAGAAGAGGAAGAAGACUUAUCGUUCCUCGAUUCACCAGAUAUUAGUGAUGAACAAGUUAUGGCUGAAAUGAAUGAUGAGCCACCUUUGGACUAUGAUGACUAUCAUCGUGAUUUUGAGGAGCAACUGAUUCAAAUCCAAGUUAACGUCGAAUUGCAAGAAGAAAUCAAAAUAAUGUCGGCUGCUUGA